GGACUCCAGUAUCCCCGCAGCAACCGUCGCGAAGACCCCGUGGCAGUACCUCGCCUGACUAUCGUAUUAGUUGCCGUUUAGUUCUUCGUGAAAGCCUACCGGGGGGACCAGUUUUAUGUACAAGUGAUAGAAACACACGCAUUCACCAAUGUACCCGUUACAUAUCGUCCGAUAUACUCCGCAGAGCGAAAAACGAGUGAAAAUAUCCAUUGAGUGAUAUCGAAGUGUUGAGACUACGUCGUAAGGAUCAUCCCCCCCCCCCCACCCUCACUCACCCUCGGCGAGUAACCGAGUGACAAGUGCGUCAAAUUAUUCCUUGGGGAGGAAAGAAAAAAAAAAAAAAAAGUAAAACACGGAACUCGUACCACCGGGAAUAAAAGAAGUUUUCGCAAUACUCGAAAUUUUUUUUUUUUUUUUUUUCGAAAAUUCUUCCCCCUCCCCGUCGGCAUCAGGGAUGAAAAAGUUCGAGGGGGUUGCGAUUCUGGCGAUAAGUGUCGAAUGAAGAGGGACGUUAGCUGGGCAGGAAAGAAAAAGAAAAUUAGCAAUCGCAAUCGCAUCCAGAGCUGGAGCAGCAAGUGUCCGUCUAUCGUAAGAGCGGGACUCCGGCACUCCUCCUCCUCCUUCCCCCUUUGGUUUAAAUCUUCUCUCCCCCCCUACUCCCCCUGCCCCCCCGAUUCCCUCAGCCACGGAGUAGUGAGCGGCCUGCAGUGCCGCAAAGUAGAACGCGGGCCGUGGGAGCGAUUUUCUAUAAGCUAUUCUCAACUUAUAAGUUAUACCUACCUGCUGACGCUUUACCGAACCCGCGCACACACGAUGAACGGAGUCUUGUUACGGACUCACCUGAUUCGGGGUUGAAAAAGAUUCCGAAAGAAAAAAAGAGAAUAACUCGAGAAAUACAGAGGGGCAAAGAAGACACAGGGAGGGAGAAACUACCCCCGCUACGAAAUUCGAAACCUCGCGGAACAUUGGUUCUCUUUCGAGUUUUUCCGCGCAAUUUUCGUUUCAUUUCUCUACGGAUCUAACACGUGCGUCAUGCGACAAGGAAGAUCGUCGAAGAACAAAAGUAACAAAGUAAGGCAAACGUCAGAUUGAAAAAAACAUAUUUGUGCCCACGUGCGUCGCGCGGUUUUUCAGGUGCACCGCACGCAACGCGCACCUUGCAUUAGGUGGAUUUUUUCCUCGACGGUGGUUUCUUGUGGAGGAUAUUUCGAAUGCGUUCAAUAUUAUCAAACUUUUUCCACGUUGUUUCACAGCAAUGAAAAGUGUUAUAAAUAAAUAAAGUGUGUUUGGGUACGUGUUGAGUUUCCGCAGCGUUUUUAUUUUUAUUUCCGCCGGUGGGUCAGGGCGCGCCGACGCAUGCCGCCCCCGGAUUCCCGCUUUGGGACGCGCAGUGGAUUAUUUGGUGGGUGCUUCCGUGGAGAUAAGAAGAGAACAAGGAGUAUAGUGCAGUGGUGAUAUACAAAGAGAUGCAGAAGCAUGCACGCAUCGAUUAGGAAUAAAUGAGUCACUGAAAACGAGGGAGAAAAAGAAAAAAAAAAAAAAAAAGAAAAAUUUAUUUAAAACGAAAAAAAAAAAUACAACGAAGAUAUUCGCAAAUAUUUAUGCAAAAGUGAUGAUGAUUCCGACGAGUGAGACUAAGGUAUAGAGAGUUGAACGAGAUAAAUAUCGAUUUUUCGUUCGUUCGGAUGGUGUUGAUCCGCAGUGGUGUAUCGCUAACGUCCCAAGAAGUUGAUUAUUUUUUUUUUGUCUUUGGGUUUUUCUUUUAAUUUUUCGUCGCCUCGAUACGACAAUCGAAACGGAGACAGCGACGCCGAUUGUAUCAGAUAAAAAGGAUAGCUGCAGUGCGAAGGGAGGAGAAAAAAAAUAAAGUGGUGAUGCGGUAGUGGAAGGGAAACCUGAGGGAAGUCAUGCGGGCGGCCGCUGCAUUCGUUCUGUUCCUCGCCCACCUCAUACAGGCGACAACGGCCACCGGAUUCUUCGAGGUGCAGAUUCUCUCGUUGACGAAUAACAGGGGCACCCUGGUCGACGGGAGGUGCUGCGGCGGAGGAACCGACGGCGAAGGUGGUAAAAGAAACGGAGGUUUUUCACCCUGCACAACGCCGUGCACAACCGCAUUUUGGCUCUGUCUCAAGGAAUAUCAGUCAAACGUGACGGCCAUCGGGUCGUGCAGUUUCGGAAACGUAUCUAGUCACGUUUUGGGCCAGAAUACGUUCACCCUGAACGAACCGGUCACCCUACAGCUCCACUUCACCUUCAGAUGGACGAGACAAUUCACGCUCAUCCUACAAGCCAGAGAUGAGGCUACACUGGGAGUGAUCGAAGAGGCCAGUUACAGCGGAAUCGUGUUACCGGGUGCAACUUGGAACACCUUGAAUCAUCAGGGUAGAAACGCUCACCUGGCUUACAGAGUCAGAGUGCAAUGCGCCGAUCAUUAUUACAACGCGACUUGCACGAAACUAUGCAGGCCGAGGGACGACAAGUUUGGUCAUUACACUUGCGACAAUAAUGGCGAUAAAGUUUGCAUACACGGAUGGAAAGGAGUGAACUGUGAAACCGCCGUUUGCAAGGAAGGUUGUCAUCCUGUUCACGGUCACUGCGACGUAAGCGGAGAGUGUACCUGUCGUCCGGGAUGGCGCGGUGAAUAUUGCGAUCAAUGUACACCUUAUCCGGGCUGUAAGCACGGCUACUGCAACGGUUCCAGUUGGCAGUGUAUCUGCGACACGAAUUGGGGCGGAAUACUGUGCGAUCAGGAUCUCAAUUACUGCGGAACCCACGAACCGUGCCAGAACGGCGGCACUUGCGAAAACACCGCACCCGAUCAGUACAGAUGCACCUGUCCCGACGGAUUCUCCGGACCGACUUGCGAAAAGGUGGACAACCCGUGCGCGUCCAAUCCCUGCCUGAACGGAGCUACCUGCAGGGAAUCAGGUGAGACGGCACACUGCGAAUGUGCCCAAGGAUACGCCGGAAAUUAUUGCGCCACCGAUAUCGACGAGUGUGCUUCGCAGCCGUGUCAGAAUGGGGGUACGUGCGUCGACGGGAAGAACGAAUUCGUGUGCAAUUGUCCGUCGGCCUGGCAAGGGACCCUCUGCCAAUUCGACGUAGACGAGUGCGGCCUCAAAGAAUCGCCUUGUAAAAAUUCGAUCACCUGCGUCAAUCUGGCGGGUGAUUACAGGUGUAGAUGCCGCAGCGGAUUCACGGGGAAAAAUUGCACGAGGAAUAUAAACGACUGCGUGGGUCAGUGCCAGCACGGCGCUUUGUGCAUCGACCUGGUGGACGAUUACCACUGUUCCUGUACACCGGGUUAUUCGGGGAAAGACUGCGACGUGGAUAUCGACGAUUGCGCGUCUCAGCCCUGCCAGAACGGAGGGGAAUGCAGAGAUCUCAUUAAUUCUUACGAGUGCGUUUGCCCCGUCGGAUACACGGGAUAUCAGUGCGAAAUCGACAGGGACCAUUGCAGCCCCAAUCCCUGCAGAAAUUCGGCGCCUUGCUUCAACACGCAGGCGGAUUACUACUGCCACUGCCCCGAAAGAUGGCAAGGGAAAAAUUGCUCCGAACCGGCGUCUCACAAUCCCGAUUUCGGCGUUACCGAUGACGACACCGGCUGCGGUAGCGAAGGAGCCCCCUGCGGUGGCCGAGGACGAUGCAGCGGUGGAAGGUGCACCUGCGACCCCGGAUACACCGGACUUCAUUGUCACGAGAAUAUCAACGACUGCCGAGGAAACCCCUGUCUGAACGGAGGCACCUGCGUCGACCUCGUCAACUCCUUUCAAUGUAUAUGCAGGGAGGGAUGGGCCGGAGAUCUCUGCGAUCAAGACGUCGACGAAUGCGCCACGGCCCCGUGUCGUAACAACGGGACAUGCGUCGACGGUGUGGCAGAUUUCACCUGCACUUGCCGAGGUGGUUGGAAAGGGAAGACUUGCGCCCUUCGCGGGGGUCAUUGCGAACCAGGAACGUGUCGUCACGGAGGAACCUGCCAGGACAGGGGCGACGGUUUCACCUGCCACUGUCCCCCGGGUUGGGAGGGUGCCGCCUGCCACAUAGCCGCGCCGGCCUGCGCCAGUGAUCCUUGCGAAAACGGAGCGACGUGCGUGAAUACCGCUGACGGUGGUUACAGGUGCGUUUGCCGAGAGGGAUUCGAGGGACCGAAUUGCAGAAGAGACGUCGACGAUUGCCAGGCCCUUCCCUGUCUGAACGGCGGACGUUGCGUGGACGGGGUGAAUUGGUUCAGGUGCGAAUGCGCCGCCGGUUUCACCGGACCCGAUUGCCGGAUAAACGUGAACGAAUGCGCGAGUGAUCCGUGCGUCGGCGGAGCUACUUGCAUAGACGGAAUAGCGAGCUACGCCUGCGUUUGUCCCCCGGGACGAACGGGUACCCAGUGCGAAUCUCGUACGCCGGGAGGUCGCGGAUGCGUGGCCGCUAGCUGGGACGAUUACUGCAAUCUAUGCGAGUGCACCGACGGUAAGAAUCAGUGCAGUAACGUAUGGUGCGGACCGGGGAGCUGUUUGAACGGUACAUCCUGUCUGGCUCACGAGGUCUGCGUUCCGUCGCCGGGAGAAAGUUGUCUGGCACCACCUUGUCCACCCUGGGGUGAAUGCCGACCUGUGGAAAGCGGCAGGAGAGUCGGACCACCGGCUCUGCCCGCUCCGCCUUCCUGUUGGCCGGGACAAGCUACCCCGGGUCCGACUUGCUCCAGACUCACGAUCCUCCUCAGGAGAGACACGCUGGCUACGGGAACGUCCGUCGAACUCCUAUGCCGCAGAUUGAGACGGCUUUUGGCCGACCCAAGGAGACCGCAAUCGAUCGUUCUCCUCUGCGAUUUGAAACCAGGUGACAAUGACACGGUCGAAGUAACGAUAUUCUCCGAAGCAGCUGCUGCGGCGGCGAGAGACCUUGGCGAGACAUUGACCAGGCCUUUAACGAGACCGGUCGCUCUGGCUUCGGUUCUGGAAGUAAAGGUGGAAACCGCAACGCUCAGCGAGCCAAAUACCGGGAAUUCCGGGGGCGGUAGUUACCUCGCGGUUCUAGGGGGUGCUUUAGCGACAAUUUUAUUCUUGGCCGCUCUCGGUGGUGUUUGGUACCUCAGAUCGGUCAGACAAAGGUCGGGAAUGACGGCGACCACCAGCAGCGAGACGUCCCUGCACCGACAUCGGAGCGACAUGGACGAGAAAUCGAACAAUCUUCAGAACGAGGAAAAUCUGAGGAGGUACGCGAACCCCCUCAAAGAUCAGGAUUCCGUGGAGCCUCGCGUUUCCGUAGUCAGACCGUUGUCCGGAGCCUCGAUGGGAGCGUUGGGUCCUGCGGAGGAAAGCCUCGAAAUGGUGUCGGAAGAAGGAAGGCACCGAUUACCGCCUCUCUACAAACCUCCCAGUGCCGAGACGCGAAAUAAUACGGCAACUUUCAGCUACGAGGAAGGACUUCACAAACCGUACACGAAACCGAGACUUCAAGAGCCACCUUAUCCUCUCCAACAGCCCGGAACCAGCCAAGCAGGCCCCCACCAAGUACUUACCGUACACGUGUAAAGGCCCAACGAUUUUGUCCACCAGAAGUGGAGUUUAGAUAUUUUCAGAGUGUAAUGAAAGGUACAUACAAUUUUUUUCAUCAAAAAAAAAAAGACAAAAAAAAUUGACAAGAAUGCAGAGAUGACGCGGUGGUAGCUUUCGUCAAUUCGCGCGAACGCUUGACCUCGCAUUUUUACGGGAUUACGUGUUUCCUAGGAAAAUUUGUUCUUUCCCCACGAUUCGAGAUAAUUCAAUUAUGCUCUAACAGACGUUUAGCUAACGUUAAUACGUCGGUAAUUGAUCAUCUCGUCAAAACUAGUUGCAUAGGACAUUAUCAAUGGCAAAAUUUUAAUAAACCAGAGGUUUCAAAACGUCUCAUCUCAGUCUGGAGGGAUAGAAAAAGAAUAAACGAAACGAUUUUCUCAUUCCGACUCAUAUGUACCGGUUUGAUAUUAGUGCAAUAAUUGCAUUUGGCGUUACUAAUGUAAUAUGUAUACGUCACGACUGCAAAUUUGGAUCGGCAUUCGGGCACCGAAUCGAUUAUUAAUAUAAUUAAACGAUGUUGUACCAUAGUGAGAUUGAGUAUGAAAGAAAAAUAGUAUAUAUGUAUUACCUAAUUAGUAUAAUGAAAAAAUUAAAUAAAAAAUGAAAAGCACAAAAAAAAAUAAACACUGAAUAAAUGAAUCAGAGAUUAGGAACUGCGGAAGCAGUUCCAACACCCCAUCAUCUUUUCACGAUUCAAUAAUAACGUAACAGUAAAUCGGUUUCAAUGACUGUAGGAUUUACAUAUCAAUACCUACCCAUAACGAUUUCUAUAACACGAUAACGAUAGUAAUAAUAAUAAGGAAAUAAUAAUAUCGAUAAUGAUAACAAUAUUGACACACACUACAUAGCAAUAGCAGGAUUAAUAACAUUUUACUUUAUAAAGAGUAAUAUUGAUUUAUUUUUAAUUGGAAUCGUGUGAUGAUAACAUAUAAAUUAGAAUAAUGUUAUCUCGACGAGAAUCAACUAUUGAAUGUAAUAACUUUUAUUACAAUAACAUUAAUAACAGGAAUAAUAAUGAUAAUAAUAAUAACAAUGAAUCACAAUGAUGAUAAUAAAUAAUAUAAUUAAUAAUAAUCAUGAUAAAACCCUAAUGAACAGUCUUUAUCGUUGUACAUAUGUACAUAGCCCGUACUUAUUAAUUUCACUAAGCAUCUUUAUCGACUAUCUAUGUAUCUUCUGCUAAAUAACUAUUCGAUAUACAUAAAUACCUAUCGUAUUUUCUAGUAAUUGAAUUAUUGGUUCAUUUUUUUUGUUUUUUUUUUGCCUUAAUAAAUAUCGUAAACGAAGAAUCAUUACGUAUACCAGCUCUAGGUUGUGAUACAGCGAUGCACAAGCCGACCGACAUCAUAUAAAAUCAUGCAUUUAUAUGUAUUAUACAUGCAUAAUUAUGAUAAUGAUAAUAAUAAUGAUGAUGUUAAUAAUAAUAUUAAUAACAAUAAUUGUGUUGUAUUAUAAAUAUAAUAACGCAAGCUCACGUUCCUUCAGAAUAUAUUAUUGUGAUACUCAUAAUCAUGAAAAGAAUCACGCCUUUGUAUGAAUUUUUUUUGAUUACUUAAAAUAGAUCGUGAUUUAUAAUACACAAUCCGUGCAUAUUAUAGGUAUGUCCAUACGUAUGCAUAUGAAAAUAAGCUUCAUGAUUUUAUUUAGAAAAAAAAUCUAUAUAUAUAUAUAUAAAUAUAAUAUACGUACAUGUAUUCAGAUAUACGAAACGAAAAAAAAAUUAAAUACCUUAAGUGCAAUUCAACGUAAAACGCGCGGUAAAUCUUCCACAGUGUAUAAUAUUCAGUAUGAUAUACAUAUAUCAGUGAACGCCCACCAGUGAAUCUCACAAUCAGCAGUAGGACGCCUUAUGACAAUCGUCCUCCUUCUUUAUUUUUCAUACACAUAAUAUAUAUAUAUACAUACAUACAUAUAUUCAUAUAAAAUAUACAUACACAUAGAAAAAUUACUAAUUGAUUUAUACGUUCGUGGAUAUCAUAAUUAGUAUUUUCAAAUGCGCUAAUAUAAUAAAACACACAUUAUAUAUACAUAUAUAAAUAUAAUAUACUAAGUACGUAGCUUUGUAAGUAAUAACUUUAUAUUACAUUCGCAAGAGAAUUUUUUUAUAUAAUAGCAUUUUUAUUAUACAAAUGAUAUUAUUGAUAUUGUUAUUAUUAUUAUUAAAAUUAUGAUAGUUAUUAUUCUUAUCAUUAUUAAUAUUAUUUCAAUAGAUAGGUUGAUAUUAUGUUGUAUUAUUAUUUUUAUUGUAUUGUAACUAUUAAUUAUUAUAUUUCAAGAUCGCAGGCACUAGUUCUUCUCAGUUUCUGCAUAGUUCAAAUCGGCAGAUUCAUCACAAUCGGAAUAUAAUAGAAGAAUAUAUUUAUACAAUUGUUGUCAUUCGCAUAUCGUUUAUAUUGGUGGAUAAAAUAUUGGAGAGAAGAGAAAGAAAAGAAAUUAAAUAUGAAAAAACAAUAAAUAAAUAAGUAAUAAGUGAAAUGAAUUCUGUGCGUCCAGGACUUGGAAUGGAACCGAUGCCUUUGCAGGUCUAGACUAUAGAUAGAUAAAAAAUACCCUGCAAGUGUCUAUUGAAGUAUAUAAAUUGAGCGUGAUUUUAUUAAAUUCCGAGUUUAAAAGUUUGGAAUUUUUAUAGUGUGAAUGAGUGCGUGUAAAUAGGCUCCUUUUGCCCCACUAUAUGAUAAAGAUGAUGAAAAUUUUCAAUAAAAAGUACAAUCUUGA